AUGGAUCUUGUACAUCAUUCUUCUCCUGGAUCUGAUGUAUACUCUAGAACUCCGAUUAGUUCCAAGCGUAUGCUGAACGUGAAAGAAUUUCUGUUUUCAGAUCUUCAAAGGCGCUUUCCGAAUAUACUACCCCCUGUUGACUUAUAUCGCGUCAGAUGCUGCUGGCAGGAGUCAUUCCCACUGCUUAAGCCUUUUCAACCUCAGUAUUCCACAACCUACCAGAUAAUCAAAGAGACCGAUGCCGGUGAAAAUGUACAUCAACCCUACAAUGACGAUACUGGUUUCGCUGCUUAUGUCUUACUAUUAUCACUUCCCGCGAUGUCAGAACUGAUGGAAAAAAUUGUUGUCAAAGCGGAAUCUUCCAGCCGCAUACGUGGUUCAUUACGUAAGUACAUCAAAAUCCUAGCUGUAGCGAAAGCCGGGGAAAGACUUAAGGCUGUUGGUGGAUCGUGGAAUCCUGAGUUAGAUGGGGCAGACCCGACAACAAAUCCACAGACCCUGCUUCGAUCUCUUAUAUACAAAGUUCUUGAUCAUGGUCGUUUCCAUUACCGUUCAUUGACGGAUUCCGAAGAACCCCUUUCUCUAGCAAACAAAUCCUCCGUAAUAUUCUCUGAUAUUGAUGAUGAUGAAUACUUAUUGGAACUUGUGCGUGGAGGUGAUGCUAUUUUAGAAGACCAAACAGAUGUCCCAAGUGGAAGUAUUAUUGUACUUCAGAAACUUGAUGGAACAGAUGUUUCGCAAGUAGCGAAUCCUGAAGAGUUUUUCCAACAGGUCAGGACAUCUGAACGGGAACAUCAAAAACUGAUGGGUCAAAUCCGACUUCAGGAGCAAGAAAUUGCCCGACUUCGCACAUCCGUUGCAGACUUCAUAGAAAUCAAAGAUAAGCUGUCAAAAGCAGUUUUAAGUAUGGAAGAUUAUCGACGACGGUACAGAGAUGAAAGAGAUAGAGUCGAUUCUAUGGCUCGAGUAUUAGACCAACAAGCAUCUGUUCUAGAUGCCUGUCGCUCAGCACUUCGUCAGACUUCUAGUCGCAUUCAUAAUCGUCACUUGACUAGUGAAUCAUCCAAGCAGUCAUUCAAACGUUCUUCAUCUCCGUGUUCAGUAGCAAGUAACAGGGAUCUUGUCAAACCUUAUAAGAAAACCAAAACUCCAAAUCCAUCCAGAAUUGCUUCGGAUUCGUUUAAUGAUGAGAAUUCAGCUCACAGCUGCCACGAUGUUGAUGCACCCAAAGACACUAAAGGUGAAAAAGAAAAGCCGAAACCAUUGUAUCUAAAUCAUCUUCCCUAAUCGCAGGUGUUGAUUCCAAUAUCCAAGAAAAUCUGGUUAAUGGACUAAAAAGUGAAGAAGAUUUAGUUGCUUGUGCAAAUAACGAGAAUAUUUCUGAAGCGUCGGAAGGCAAAUUAGCUCCGGUCCUAAUGGAAACGGAGUCUUCAGUAACAGCGUGAACAAAUGAAAGUGAAGGUGCAUUCCACGGCUAAAUUACUAGUCAUAUUUAACUUGGAUUUAUUACAAGCCGUGGUCGAAAAAACACUUUUAAUAUUCCCUACCAGUGAAAAUACACGUUCGUUUUU